AUGGCCGAUCCCAAGGCACAAGAGACCGUGAUGCCGGUUGAUGGGCCCCUCCACCACUACCCCUCGACCGAGGGACCUGCCUCCGACUCGUCCAUGACAAAAGUCAUUCAAAAUGCCAAAGCCGCCACACAAAAGGAACAGAAGAUGUCCUUGCUUCAAGGCAUUCGACUGUACCCCAAGGCAGUUGCGUGGAGUGUUCUCAUCUCGACGUGCAUUGUCAUGGAGGGAUACGAUAUCAGUCUGGUCAACAAUUUCUACGCUUUCCCGCAGUUCAAUCGGAAAUACGGCGAGUUAGGAGCAAAUAAUGAAUACCAAGUCUCUGCACCGUGGCAAGCAGGGCUCAGCAACGGUGCCUACGCGGGCGAGAUAAUCGGCUUGUUUAUCAAUGGUUGGGCGUCGGAGCGGUUCGGGUAUCGCUACACAAUCAUGGCUUGUCUUAUCUUGGUGACCGCGUGGACCGCCAUCUUCUUCACGGCCCCGAACGUGCAAGCCCUCCUGGCUGCAGAGAUUUUGUGUGGAAUUCCCUGGGGAGUCUUCCAAACUCUGACCAUCACCUACGCCUCCGAGGUGUGUCCCGUGGCUCUACGAGGGUAUCUGACCACCUAUGUCAACUUUUGCUGGGGUCUUGGCCAGCUCAUUGGGGUUGGCGUGAUCAAGGCCAUGUUGAACCGCACCGAUGAAUGGGCGUACCGAAUCCCGUACGGGCUGCAGUGGAUGUGGCCCCUGCCGCUCUUCAUUGGAAUAUUACUUGCUCCCGAGUCGCCUUGGUGGUUAGUGAGAAGGGGACGAACCGAAGACGCGAAAUGUGCCCUUUUACGCCUGACUAGCCAAGAUCGUGAGACAGAUUUCGACGCCGAUGAAACCAUUGCCAUGAUGGUGCACACCACCGCAUUGGAGGAUAAGAUCACCAAGGGAGCCAGUUACUUGGACUGCUUCCGGGGCACCGACCGUCGCCGUACGGAGAUCAUCUGCAUGGUGUGGGCGAUCCAGAACCUCAGCGGGAACUCCUUUUCCAACUACUCCACCUAUUUCCUCAAACAGGCCGGGCUCGACCCAUCGAAUUCCUAUGCCUUUGCCAUGGGCCAGUACGGGAUCAACAUGCUCGGCGUGUUUGGCGCAUGGUUUCUCAUGACUCUCGGCAUCGGUCGCCGAUCCCUGGUUCUGUACGGUCUCUGUGGGCUCAGCGCGAUGCUGCUCACCAUGGGCUUCUUGGGUCUCGUUCCCAGGGAGCACCGCGACCAAGGCUCGCUGGCCACUGGAUCCCUGAUGCUGAUCUGGGCACUAUUCUACCAGCUGACAGUCGGCACGGUCGGCUAUUCGCUGGUGGCCGAGCUCUCGACGCGGCGGCUACAGAUCAAAACCGUAGUGCUGGGCCGGAACCUUUACAACAUCGUCGCCAUCAUCUGCGGUGUGCUGACCCCGUACAUGCUGAACCCCACCGCCUGGAAUUGGGGCAACUACGCGGGCUUCUUCUGGGGCGGGAUCUGCUUCCUCUGCAUUAUAUACACCUACUUCCGCGUCCCCGAGCCUCGAGGUCGCACGUUCGCCGAGCUGGACUUGCUCUUUGAGCGUGGGGUCAGCGCGCGCAAGUUUGCUUCUACCCAGGUCGAUGUCUUCGACGAGACGGUGGAGAGCCGUGUCAUCGAUGACUACCGGGCACAGAAGAAGCGGAGAACCGACCCGAGUCAGGCGGAGAAGAACGAUGGUUCAAUAUGA